GAAAAUUAUUUGAUUCUUAUCCUGUAAGUCAGUAACGUUUAAUUUUACUAACAGAAGAUUGCAACAAACAACAGCAUCAUGCAAUAUCUUGAAUGCUACGAGAUAUCGAUUUUAAAGAAUCGAUGUUACACGACAUGUUGAAUGAAGAUCCAAUUCCAACCUCAAUGAAAUCUAUCUGAGCGAUUGAAAUAAAAUGUUGAAUUCCAAUUGAAGUUUUUGUUGAAUUCUUCUUAAUUAGUGACGAAUAAUAAUAAUUUUGUCGUUUAAUUCAAUGAGACCGUUGAGACUGCAAACACGUUCUAUCAAAAUCAAGUAAAAAGUAAUUUUACUAUAAACUGGUAAAAGUGACGUAAAGUUGUAAUGAUUGAAAGCAAGUUCGCGAAGCAACUGCCAAUCUUUAGAAAUGAAUUGCAAUGGGGGGUUGUCUAUGGAUGGUGAACGCAAGACAUAUCUCUUUAUGGAUUCUAAACCAAUUAUCACAUAUGCUGGGGAUGAAAAAUUGUUCUCUACAGUGGAAAAUAGUUUGUUGAAAGGAAUACCUGCAGAUACAGUUGAAUGGCGUAGAUCAUUCGGUAGACCAAUUAAACAAGUCAAACUUGGAGCAAGUUUUGUGCCAUUUUCCAAGGAUAUUCUUGAAUCUAAGAAAGAUUGGCAUCUGAUAAAACAUCCAAUAUUCCAUAUUUAUUGGACUGAAUGUUCUGAUGUAGAUACUUACAAAGCCAAUAUUAGAGAUGAUAUAGAUAAUUGGUUAAAAACAUUAACGCAAUAUCAUAUACAAGAUUGGAUGAUUGUAUUAGUAGAAACUUAUGAUAUAAAAAAAACUAAUAAACUACUACCUAGAACUACAGUUCUUGAUAAAAUUCGCAGUGAUUUUGCUUCUAAAAAUGGAGACAGAUGUUUUUCUGUAAUAAAUUCUGUAAAAUCAGAGAUGCGUUCAGCUGAAUCAUGGAGGGGUUUGGUUAAUCGCAUACGUCAAUUAAUGCUUAUAGCUUAUGACAAAACACUGUCUGGUUUUGAAGAUGUCAUUAGAGAACAAAGAGAAAACAGGAACCAUCCAACUUGGAAUUUCUGUCACUAUUUUUUAUUACAAGAAGAACUUGCAUUUGUUCUACAAAUGUUAGGCUUGUAUGAUGAAGCAUUAGUGCAAUAUGACGAAUUAGAUGCUCUCUUCACACAAUUUGUGCUUAAUUCUAAUGUAGGAGAUACUCCACAUUGGUUAAAUUUAUUUCAAACUCCUUUAAAUAAUUGGGGAGGUGUUAAUUUAAGUAAUGGUACAAAUCAUCACUUAAGAUAUCUUCUAGCAGAAUGUAAAGCAUCAUUGUUAGAUCUUAGAAGUUAUUUAUUUAGUAGACAAUGUGCCAUGUUACUAGCCUGUAAUAAACCAUGGGAGGUUGCGCAAAGGUGCUUGUCAUUUGUACAUAACACAUUAAGUGAACUACGAAUCUUAGAAGUUCAACGACCUGAAGGAUCCAUCGAAUGUUGGUCUUUUCUCUGUGCAUUAGAGGUACUACAAGCUUGUCAAUUAUCAACUGACAAUAUUGAUAACAAUCAACAAUUAGAUCUAUGCUCCCUUCACACAGCCAGUUUAUGGGCUCUUGCCACAGAUAAAUUAGGAAGUCUAGGAAAAUUGUGUGGUCUAAUGCCUGGAAAUGAACCCUCUAGUGAACAGUUACACACAGUUGUUUAUCUUAUAGCUGGUAUGGGUGAUUGCGAACCACAAGAAGAAGGGAAAUUAACACCUACCGAUAAACUGAAAGAAGCACUUUCCUCAAAAGAAGCUUUUAAAAAACAGUAUCUUGAACAUGCAGAAUUAGCUAUGGGUACUUACAAACAUGUAGGUCGUAUUCGGUCAGCGAGAUUAAUAGGAAAGGAAUUAGCACAGUUCUAUUGUGAACUUGGAGAGAAUCAGAAAGCUGUAGCAUUUUUAUUGGAUGCUUUAAAGACUUAUACUGAUGAAGGAUGGGGCCACUUAGCAGCACAAACUCAAUUAGAACUAGCACAAUGUUAUAAAAGAAUGGAUGAUGUUGAAAAAUAUACAAAAGUCAGUGCAGCAAUAUCCAGUUUAAAUGUGUUGCAUAUUACUGUUCGUAAUAUAUAUUUUGAAGAAAUGUUUGGCUAUAUGAAAAUGAUUGCAUCACCUCAGCCAUUACUUGUAGAACUUGGAUGUGCUUUUGUAAUACUUAGUAUGCAAGUUAAAGUAAUGGACAAGGUAGUGCAAGAUUGCGUGGUUAAUAUUGAAAUCAGUAUAAAAAGUUUAUUUCCAAGAGAAGUGAAAUGCACUAAAGCAUUUAUAUCUGUUGAAGAUAUUCAGAAACCUCAGGCACUGAAUAAAAAAAAGGGGCCAAAGGCACCACCUGAACCUCUAAUCCCAUUGUUAUCAAAAUGUACACUUGAAGAUAUGAAGCCAUUUGAUCCAAGGUUGCGUCAGUUACAAGUAUAUUCAUAUAUAAAUUAUAAAGAAGAUAAAAGUCUUGCUUCAGUUAGCAUGAUACAUAGAAAUACUAAACCCGUUGUAAGACGUUCUGAUAGUACAAAACAUAGGAAACCAUCUGCAAAUGCAAAAGGUGAUUUUAGCAAAGCAUUAUCAUGCGACGAGUUUAUAAUGAAACCGGGUACGAAUACGUUUACAUUGGUUAGGCGUGUUGAUCAGCCUGGUUUUUACAAAGUUGGUCAACUAUCAUUAGUCAUUGAAGAAAAAUUAGAAUUCCUGUCGCCCAUUUUAAAUCCUCGGUUAUGCUAUGAAGUAGCGAAGACUCAACCAACAAUUAAUUUGAAAUGCGGUAGAGACUUAUUGGCAGGUCUUAUUCAAGACAUAGAAUUAAUUAUGAGCGAAAACAUAAAAAUAACAAAGGAAAUGAAACUUAAGUUACGUACAUCUAGAGGAUUAACUGUACAAGUUAGCAAUUCACAAGAAGUAAUGUGUAAAGAAUUAGAAACACCACUGCCAGUUUGUGAACCGUUUCAAAGGGUACGAUUACAAUUAAAAGUUUUAGCUGAACUACCACCAAAGAAAGAUGCUUUAUCAAUGGAACAUAAGUUAAACAUACAAUGUCCAUGGGGUGUUGAAGAAAGCAUACCAUUACAUUUUGGUCCACCACUUAUGUCAAAUAUGAAACUUCAUACCGCAAAACGAAGAAAAUUUAUUCAAAUAGUUGUAACAGGAUUAACAAAACAACUUUUACAAUUGACUGAACCGGAAUUAAUAACAGUAACAUCUAUAGAUAUUAAUUUUAAAAGUUUAAAUCCAAUUGCCGGCCAGAGAUUAAUAAUAGGUAACGGAAUAAAUGUAUCAUUUAUGUGGGAACUUGAAAUUGGUAAAGAUGAGAAAUCUAUGAUGCCUAUAAAGACUGAUUUUCACGUAAAAUAUAUGCCAAUCAACGACGCUGAAGAUUCACAUACUAAUGACGAUCCUUUGCAUAUACAUAAUUUGCAAAGAAUGGAGAAGACAUCCAGUAUUUAUAGAUGCAAUUUCGAUAUAACGGAUUAUAUGACUUUGUUUACAGUGUACUCAAAAGUUGAACCUGCUGGGAACGGAGGUGAAUUUUGUCGUGCUGGUAGCAUGUGCCAUCUUUAUCUCACAGUAACACGUAUAUUGCCCAGUCCCACUCCAAAUCCUCCACCUCAAUUAAUGUACGAGGUUCUUGCCGAUCAAGCCAUGUGGGCUGUAUGUGGCCGUACUGCCGGCAUUGUGUCGUUGGAAGUCGUAGAAAAACAAAAUGUCACAUUGGACGUGAUGCCGCUAACCAGUGGUUACUUACCCCUUCCUGUUGUUAGAUUGUCUCGAUACAUUCCAGCAACAGAAUCAAAGAAUGAUAUUCGAAAGAGCGAAAUAGCGUCUGUCCCAAGAUUAGAACCAUUCAGUCCUGGACAAGUAUAUAAUGCUAGCAAAGCGCAACAAGUUCAUGUUUUACCAGCGGCUCCUUCAGAAGCAAAUUAAUAACAAAUACAGUACUAUAAAUGUGUAGUACAUUCAUUGCAUUUUUAAAUGCAAACUGUACCAAUGCUAAGAUCCUUUGUAUAUUGUCUGGCAGACAUCUUUGAUACUGAAUAUUAUUAUUCUCUUCUCAAUCAUCACUAUAAUGGUUUGUUUAUGUUUUUAUAUUCUUUCAUUGAAAUUUGAAUUUUAGACAAAUAAAAUCACUCUGUACAUAGUUCAGAGUGAUAUGUUUAUACAAUGCAUGUCUUAAAAUCAAAUUUCAAUAUAUUUUGCUGUUUAUUUUUAGUAAUAAUAGGUAACCAUUAAUUUAUGUUUUGCCAUUAGAAGCAAAGUAAAUAUAUGACAAUAUGUAAGUAUGCAAUGUUUGUAAUUAGUUUGGAAAUGCAUAACUAAGAAAAGCAUUACAACGCGAUGUAUUUCCUAGAAAAAUAAUGUAAUUUGUAUUUAGUUGAGCAACGUUUGUUUAAUGUUAUAUGGUUCACACAUAAAAUUUAAUUGAUCUUUCUCGGUCCACUUUGAUGGUAAAUUAUAAAAAUUUGUUUCUCUUUAUUUUAAAUUAUUUGUUUCUGUUUUUUAUAUAAUAUACAUGUAACAUGUAUUUAAUCUUCCAAAUGUUCUAUUUUUACAUACUAUAUUCUAUAUCAAGUACAUUAUAAUUUGAUUUAUGUUAAUUAUAAUUGAUUUUUGAGACUCAUAUAGUAUGUCACCUUAGAGCCAAGGUGAACAGAUAUCAAUAUAUCCUUACUGGAUACAAUUCUGUAAAAUUUGUACAAAUGUUUAUCAACAAUAUACUCAUCUUAUGAAAUAAGAACCUAAAAUUAAUAUCAUUUUUAUGAAAAUAUUAUGAGAAGUAAUUAACAUCAUAAAAAUGUCUUGUGUAAUGAUUUGUGUAAAAUGUAAGUACAUGUAAAAAGAACAAGAUAAACAGUAUCGAUGUUACAUUUAUUUUUUA